AAAGUUCUGAAGCAGGUUCACCCCGACACUGGAGUUUCCAGCAAGGCGAUGUCAAUCAUGAACAGCUUCGUCAAUGACAUCUUUGAACGCAUUGCUGCCGAAUCUUCUCGAUUAGCUCACUACAACAAGCGUUCAACAAUCACGUCUCGGGAAAUCCAGACUGCUGUCAGGCUUUUACUGCCCGGUGAACUCGCCAAGCACGCUGUCUCAGAAGGAACGAAAGCUGUGACCAAGUACACCAGCUCCAAAUAGACAUUUUAACAAGCUGUGAAACUCACAACAAUCGGCCCUUUUCAGGG